GGUCUAUCCUAUCCGACCACUAUAUACCCAUGUGAUAUUGUACCAGAAUACAAACGUCUGAGCAAAAGUUCGGCAUUUUCAGUGAGCAAAAUUCUCAUCAUUAUCACUGAGAACUCACCCUCGGCUGAAUUAGAGUGCAUUUAUUCACUGCAAGCAACGGAUGGCAGAUGCAGUGAUAUUUAUUUAGGAGGGAUUAAAAAAGACGACAAGUGACUUGAGGCUGAGCACAAAAUGGCGGCAAGAAAGUUUCUCGUCUUCCUACUGACAGCAACUGCAGAUUGCAGCAUACUGUUUGGAAACAGAGAGUCAACGGAAGAAUGUCUGGACGUAGCCAUUGUUGGAGGUGGGAUAGGUGGCACUUACACCGGAUGGAGACUCAAAGAUCAAGGUUUGAAAAUCGCCAUUUUCGAAAGCACAGACAGAAUCGGUGGUCGGAUGCAUAGCGUCUUUCUUCCCUCAAUUCCCAAUGUUCCAGCGGAGCUUGGCGCUAUGAGAUACGUAGAAGGUGUUCAUACCACACUUGAAGGUCUGUUACCGAAGCUUGGACUUCAGUCAAAAGAGUUUGCGCUUGACAGACACAGUAAGCUGUUCUACACUCGAGGAAGGCGAAUGGGAGUGAUGGAAUUUCUGAGCGAUAACAGCCCCUUCUUGCUGGCCCCCACGGAGAACAGAAACCCCUUAAUACUGGCAUGGAAUGCGUCCCAACAACUACUGAACACCAGCGAACCGGACAAGAUCCCUGACAUCGAGGAUGCUGUCACGGUGGACGGUGUCCCUCUCUAUCAGCUGGGGUAUCUGAACGCCUUGAACAAGGUUUGGACCAACGAAGCUAAAGAGUAUAUCAAAACUUUCGUUCCGUUCGAAUCGUUGUUCGGUUCGAACAUCAACGCUGUUCACAGGACAGUGGUUAGAAACCCGGGCCUUCCUCCUCAGCAUACAAGAACUGUGGUCGGCGGGCUCCAGCAAGUACCGCGGAAGUUAGCGGACCAGUUUCUCUCUGCGAGUAAUCGCCACAAGAUUCGACUCAACCGAAGAAUAAAUACCAUCAGAAAAGUUUGGUUAAAUGACAGAUUCGUAUAUCAGAUGACACUGUUUGAAACAGAAACUUUGGAUGGGCAUACAGCUGACAAAUGGGUGAAUCCGCACACGAUUUGUGCGAAUCAGGUGAUCCUUGCCCUGCCUCCACAGGCUCUACAAAACAUCCAGUGGUAUCCCUUGCAGCAGUAUCCACACAUGCAGACAGCAUUUAAGGCCGUCACGGAACACAGUGCCAUGAAGCUGUUUCUGGUCUAUCCAAAUGCCUGGUGGAGUCAUCUUAACAUUAGCAGCAGUGCAUUCAACACUGACCUCCCUCUUCGCCAAGGGGGAGAGUUCGGGCGUUUCCGGAAUUCCUCGGGACACGAAGCCGCUUUGUUCAUGGCUUCUUAUGCUGAUGGUGAAAACAACAACAAUUACUGGCAGACUUUACGCAAUAUCGCGGGCACUAUUUCGUCUUCUGCCGUUCCAAAGGCACACGCCGUGAGCACGAGAGUUGCGGAACAAGUGCAGCGCCAUCUCGCGGACGUGUACGGAAUUAAACCCGAUGAUAUUCCGCAGCCGCUAGAUGGCGUUAUGCACAUAUGGAACGAUGAACAAACUGGCGGAGCCUGGCAAUCGCUCAAACCUGGCUAUAAACCUAAAGUUGUCUCAAAAAGCGUAAGACAACCAUCGCCUUCUGAUCGAGUUUUUAUCAUAACGAAUGCUUUCUCCAGAAAGUUGUCCAUGUGGUCUGAAGGCUCUCUAGAAGCGGUCAAUGAUGUAUUGGCAGAGUUUUUCAACCUUAAGUGAUGCAUUUGUUCAUGUAGCCCGGUACCGGUACAUCUUUUCACACUUUUGUGCGAGUUCAAACGUAAAUGUUAUUUAAACAGAAUUUUCAAACAUGUGGAAAAUGGAUUUAAAAAGAAAAGAUUUAUGUAUGUUAAAAAAAAAAAUUUUUUUUAUCGGUAAAGGUUUUUGUGUAGUCUGUAGAAGUGGCGAAGCCCAAUACUCUAGGCUAGAUUGCACUGAUAAUGACAAAGAGUUUUCUUAUAGUUGUGACUGGUUCAUCUGGAUGUAAGAUGCAGUGCUGAGUGAUUUAGGGAUAUAUGUCUAGACAUUUAGUCCGGAAUAGUCCAUGCGGAUGUAAGAUGCAGUGCUGAGUGAUUUAGGGAUAUAUGUCUAGACAUUUAGUCCGGAAUAGUUCAUGCGGAUGUAAGAUGCAGUGCUGAGUGAUUUAGGGAUAUAUGUCUAGACAUUUAGUCCGGAAUAGUCCAUGGGGAUGUAAGAUGCAGUGCUGAGUGAUUUAGGGAUAUGUAUCUAGACAUUUAGUCCGGAACAGUCCAUGCGGAUGUAAGAUGCAGUGCUGAGUGAUUUAGGGAUAUAUGUCUAGACAUUUAGUCCGGAAUAGCCCAUGCGGAUAUAAGAUGCAGUGCUGAGUGAUUUAGGGAUAUGUAUCUAGAUAUUUUGUCCGGAAUAGUCCAUGGGGAUGUAAGAUGCAGUGCUGAGUGAUUUAGGGAUAUGUAUCUAGACAUUUUGUCCGGAAUAGUCCAUGCGGAUGUAAGAUGCAGUGCUGAGUGAUUUAGGGAUAUGUAUCUAGACAUUUAGUCCGGAAACCAUACAUUUGGGGUUACUAUUAAUGAGUAAUCAUGUAACGAAUUUAUCCUGCAUCAAUUCAGUGCAGAAUACCGAUGUAUAGGUAAUCGCUUCAGCGAUGUGACCAUUAUAUUUACAAGCCAGCAAUGGAGAUAACAUACUGAGCAGACACAUUUGACGUCGUCUGCAGUAGUCAAGAAUGUAUCUGUACCCCUCGUGACCGUUACUGUCCAAUCAAAAGCGGAGUAUUUUGUCUCAUACGGGAUAAACUUCAAGACAUACUGGCUGGCUGUAAGGAAUAUUUUAUGCACAACGUCUGCUUCCGUGAUUUUUUGAGACCUGGAAUUUUAUUGCGACUACUAGUAUUUCGCAUGUGUUAUGCUUUUUUUAGAGAUUACAACUAAUGAUUUCAUGCACGAAAAGGUUUUAUAUCGACAUAACUGUUAGUGUGUUUUUUUCUAUCCUUCGUGGCUUUCUUCCGUUUAUGUGAAUCCACUCAUGCGCGGCAAAACCCGCAGGCAUAAAUCAUAAAAUGGGAAAGUUCAGAAAAAAUUUCGUCGCAAGAUGACACCAUCUUUUAGGCUGUGAUAAUAUUUCGAACAUUCAAAUAACCAAACAAUACCAACCCAAAAAACAUUUAAAAUGAAUUUUUUAUUAGCACUCGUGCCAUAUAUUAUAAACUACAUGUUAGCUUCCUUGCUUGGCUUCACAUUAUUUUCAUUGUAUUUUAUUCACGAACCUGUGCAUUGACCUGGAAAUGUACUUAUCUUGCAGCUCACGUGAAGAAACGAUGUUUACACAAGUGUCUUGUGGCUGUUUAACCUACAGCCAUAUCUUCCGCUCUAUGAUCUGACCUUGUACCAGAUACGCUGAUGUGUUUACAAAAGGCUAAUAUUAAAUGAGUGAAUAAAGCCGCAUUGAUUGGCUGAAUCAGAGGCGUAAAAAUGUUAUUUGUUUUCUGUUUGAAUUGAAUUUGGCCCAUUUGUCGUUUUUGUAGAACAAUGUGUUUGUUUCUGCUUUGCUUUCAUAAAAUGCAGUUAUCUGGCCUACAGGAUAAUCAGGUCAGUAGAAAAGAGAUCCUUCCUAAAAUAGGAAGGAGUUAAUACACUUCUUGUCCCAUUAAAAUUUAUCACGCAGUUGUGUCUCUCAACACUGAUUUUCUUGUAAGUGCGCACAGCUAUAUUGCUAAGUUGUAACAAGAAUGUCAAAACUAUCCCUCCUCCUGUCGUUAGAACUACAUGCAAUUUAAUAUAACUGUAUGCCUUAUAACUGUAUAUUUCUCCCCAGAAUUAAACCAAGAAAUAAAUUUUAUUUAAUGCGUAAAAUAGGGAAAAGUUGAAUAAGUAGAUCAUUAAUCCCAUAUGGGUUUAAAUUAUUUCCUCCUUUUCAAAUUGAGAAUGAAACCAAGCGUACCAAAAUGCUUUUGUUGUCAGCAUCGUCUAGUGCAAAAGGAGGCUACUGCCUGAACCAGCCUACAUGUUACACUGUUAAUAUUGUUUAAGUGUGUAAAUGAUACAGCAUGCUGGACGCUGUAACAUACGGUGCAUGGGUGCCGACGUCUUCA